AUGAAGUUAAUGAUGCUUCAACUACAGCCUCUUGCGCUUCAAAUCUUUUUCCAGGUUACCACCGCUACAAGGGCACUCCAGCGCCUUGCCGGCAUGGAAGUACCCACGUUCAAGUUUGACGCAGCCUCUUUCCAGGAUUUGUACACGCAAAUUGAUCAGGCCUUGGAAUGUUUCGAGAAGGCGCGCCCCGAGGCAUUCGAGGGAAAGGAGGAUAUGCCCGUGGUUAUCGAUGUACCCAACAUGUGGCAUUUCGAUCUGAACGGCUUGACAUAUUUGCAGGAGUUUGUUCUCCCGAAUUUGUAA